UUGCCAUGGCCAUGGGCGUGGAGGGACAGUCCGCGCGCACGGCGGAGAGCUCUGCGCGCUCUGCUUUAGAAAGUAAAAAUGGGUCUCGAAAAAGAAAAAUCAGAAACGCGGGUUUUAAUGGAUGAGGAUCUGUUCAGCCGGUCGAUUGAACCCAUCCUUACCAAGAAGGAGAAGCUGUACACACCAGAACCGGACCGGGACCGGGACCCCCGGGACAUUAACGCUCAUUUAAAGGUUGAAUUUGAAGACAUCAUUGCAGAGCCAAGCUCUACUCACAGCUUUGACUCAGUGUGGAUAUGGAGCCAUGCUGUUUUUGAGCUGCUCAAAUACAUCUUCUACCGGCUCCUCACCACACUUCUCGCCAUCCCCAUGGCUUUUGUGGCUGGAAUUGUCUUCGGACUCCUCAGCUGUGUACAUAUUUGGGUAGUGAUGCCCCUCGUGCACAGCUGCAUGAUGGCCCUGCCGUCUGUCCAGGUGGUCUGGGCCAGCCUGAUGGACAUGUUCACUGGGCCUUUCUUCCACAGCUUCGGCAAGAGCCUGUCUUCCAUCAACAUAAAGACUGUGCAAAACUAAAACAGAUUUAAGGAAUACUCCAGUGAUUUGGCAUAAUCUUUCUGUAGGCCACCUGUAGCAUAGAGUUGAAUAACACAGACAAAAACUUUUUUGUAGCACAAAUAGCACUUUGUCAGCUUUGAGACAGUGUGUUGAAACUGACCAUAGUCUACUGAUACAGCAGUUAAAACACUGGAGUAUUCCUUUAAGUCCUAUUACUUUCAGACCAAUUCCUUUAACAACAGAUGUUCUCUAUGACAUGCUUUCUUCUACUUGAGUGCCUGAGCUUAGACAUUACGCUCAGACCUUAUCAGCUGCACCUGAUGCACCCUAAAAUCAGCUGUUUGUUUUGAUCUAGGUUAAACCAUAUGUAUUGGCUUUCUAGUAAGAUGAUGGCAUGUCAUGUAUUAAAAACAAUAGCAAGGUUAAAGAAAAGGAAGAAAAUAUUUUUAUUUCCAUAUUUGUUCACCAGACAAAACCUGACUCCUGUUUCACAAUAUCAGUAGUGAAAAACAGUUGCUUAUUUAAAACGUAUGUGUGAUUAAGCUUUUAUACUGUAUAUGAGAAAUUACAUAUGAAUGUACUGACUGAGACCUUAUUGUCUGUUUAUUCCCUAGUGUACAUUAGUAUAUAAAUGCUGAGGUGCAGCUUAUUGCAUUCUUUUGCAUGCUUAUUAUUUAGCUAGUGAAGAAAUGAUGCUACUGCAUAACAAGAAGCAAAACAGGGAACAGAGAAUAAAAUAAAACUGGUGCCAGCUACAUCCUGCUGGAUAGUAGCUCUUUUGUGUUUUCUGUCUAAAUUAAUAUUUAUUAACAAUAAAAGAACAUAGGGUGUAUUACUUUUAUAUUUUAGAGAUAUCCUUUGUUAAGUUUAUUUUUACACAACAUUGCCUUAUGUGCAUACAUACUGUCUGAGCCUUUAGGCGUAGGCCUCAAUGACAGAUUGCUCUGCACACAAAGUUAACAUUCCAUAAAACAUCAAGGACCAUGAUGGAUUUUAGAGAGUAAUUUAUUCCUGCACAGUUUUUCAGACCGCUUGCCUUGCAAAGCUGCAUUUGAAGUGCUGCCUGCUCUUUUUUAGUAGCUGCUCAGAGAAAAUGGAAGGCUUGUUUGUGCAAUGGAACAUGAGGUGUUCAGGUGUUCUUUUUUCUUCCUCCUCCCUAUUGAGUGAUGUAAUGUAGCAAAAAUCCUGAGUGCAACAGAGCUCAAUAAGAGAGAAUCUUAGAGAUCAGGGCCAAAAAGCCUCUCAGUUACUUUGCCAAAUAAAGAAAUAUUUAAAGUGA